AUGGGUCGCUCUGAAAUCGUCCACGUCGGUGACAGGCAGUCGACGGAGGUAGCGGCUGGAAGCGGUGAUCCACAAGGCUCCGUUCUUGGCCCUACCCUAUUCAUUAUAUACGUCAACGACUGCGUCAGUGAACUGAAUUAUGAUGUCGCCAUGUUCGCUGAUAAUGUUAAACUUUUGAUCGUCAUCCCAACAGAAUUUGACGAAGAGCGCUUGCAGGCAGACCUGACCCGACUCGAGAAAUGGUCACAGGACUGGCUUCUGCCGUUUAAUGUGACUAAGUGCAAUGCUUUGCGAGUCGGCAGGACCCGAUCUCAAAACCGGAGGGUUCACUACCUAAAUGGCGUACCACUGCAGGAGGUAGACGCCCAGAAGGACUUGGGUGUGUGGGUAACGGCUUCUCGAAAACCGGCGCUCCACUGCUCCAAGGUAGCCAAGUCUGCGAUGUCAGUCCUUUAUCUUGUCAAGAGAGCUUUCUCUACCUUCGAUGAGGAAUGCUUCGUUAAAGUCUUUCGGACUUUCCUACGGCCACAGCUAGAGUUCGCUAUUCAGGCGUGA